GCACCUAGUAAGCAAUGGAUGCAACUUGUUGAUAAUCGACUUAAUGAAGCCCACUUAAUCGGGGUACAAAAGCUUUUGGAUUAUGCUUUUCAAAGAACAGGAGAAUUGUAUGAAAUACGAUGUCCCUGUGUCAAGUGUUGUAACACAACAUUAGGAACAUGUGAGACUGUUGAGACACAUAUGAAAGUAUAUGGAAUAAUCUAAAAUUAUACUUUUUGGUAUCAUCAUGGGAAGUUUUAGGUGAGCCGCUGUCGGAAUGCGAAGAUGAUAAUGAAGUAGAGGAAUGUGAGAGUGAGGAUGAAAUACAGGAAAUUUUGAGAUGUUUAUAUCCUAAUCUUGGUGAACGCACUGCAAACAGUGGUUGUGAUGAUUUACCUAAAGAGGAACCGAAUGUUGAAGCAAAAAUUUUUUAUAGCCUAUUGAGAGAUGUCGAGAAGCCACUAUACCAAAGUUCAAAAGUCUCAAAGCUUUCAACUUUGAUUAAAUUGCUUCACAUAAAAAGUAUGGGUCGUUGGAGCAAUGAGUCAUUUACAAUGUUAUUGAAAAUGUUAGAAGAGGAGUUGUUGCCAGAUGGAGCAAAUUUACCAAAUUCAUAUUAUGAGGCAAAGAAGGUAAUUCGGGACCUUGGGUUUUCCUACCACAAGAUUGAUGCUUAUGUAAAUGAUUGCAUGUUAUACUGGAAGGAGGAUAACUUACUUGAUUCUUGUAAAUUUUGUGGUGCGUCCAGAUGGAAAAUAGAAAAACCUAGCUGGGAAGCAAAGAAUAGAAAAGGUAAAAAGAUAGCAUCAAAGACUGUACGCUAUUUUCCGUUAACGCCUAGGCUACAAAGGUUGUUUAUGUCUACAAAGACAUCUUCUUUAAUGACAUGGAAUCAUGAUGAAAGAGUUGAUGAUGGAAUAAUGAGGCACCCAACUGAUUCAAUGGAAUGGAAAUCAUUUGAUGAGCUUCGUCCCUCAUUUGCGGCCGAGCCUCAUAAUGUUCGACUUGGACUUGCUAGUGAUGGAUUUCAGCCAUUUCGGAGUUCAAAAACCUCAUAUAGCAUUUGGCCAGUGGUACUUAUUCCUUAUAAUUUACCACCUUGGUUGGGUUUGAAACAAGAAAUUUUCAUUGUGUCAAUGCUAAUACCUAGUCCAGAUAGUCCAGGAGAUGCAAUUGACAUAUAUCUGCAGCCCUUGAUAGAAGAACUGAAGGAGUUAUGGGAAUUUUGUAUAGAGACUUUUGAUGCAUCAACUAGACAGAAUUUCAAGUUACAUGCUUCUUUGUUAUGGACCAUCAAUGACUUUCUAGCAUAUGAAAACUUAUCUGGAUGGAGUACAAAAGGGAAAUUGGCAUGCCCGUGUUGCAACAAAGAUACUUACUCAAUCAGAUUGGCUAAUAGUAAGAUACAGUGUUUUAUGGGUCAUCGGUGUUACCUUCCUCUUAAUCACAAAUGGAGGAAUGAUAGGGCGUCAUUUGAUGGUACAAAAGAGAAAAGGCUUCCACCAAAAAUGCAUUCUGGUGUUGAGAUAUUUAAUCAAGUACAAGAUCUUGAAGGGUUGUAGUUAACAAAGGAUCCAAAGAAAAGGAUCAAGAUAUCACAUGAUGGCCGAAAUGAUAAUUGGAAUAAGAAGAGUAUCUUUUUUUAACUUCCCUAUUGGAAAUCUCUCUUGUUGCGAAAUAAUUUGGAUGUUAUGCAUAUCGAGAAAAAUAUAUGUGAUAAUAUUUUGGGGACGAUCAUGAAUGCCAAAGGAAAGACCAAGGACACCAUAAAUACUCUACUAGAUUUGCAAGAAAUGAACAUUAGGUUGGAAUUGCACCCUAUCAAAAAAGGAGAAAAAUAUGAAGUUCCAACAGCUUGUUACACAUUAUCUCCUCAAGAAAAGCACAACUUAUGUCUAUUUUUAAAGAAUUUAAAGGUCCCAGAUGGAUUUUUAUGUAAUAUUUCUCAAUGUGUUAACUUGAAAGAUCACAAGAUUUUUGGCUUAAAGAGUCAUGAUUGCUAUGUUCUUCUACAACAUUUACUCCCUCUUGCGCUACGUGGUAUGUUGUCCAAAACAGUUUGUGAACCCCUUGUUGAGUUGUGCUUGUUUUUUAAUGUGCUUGGAGCAAAGGUAUUAAGAACUGAUGACUUGGAACAGAUUGAAGCUCAAAUUCCUAUAACUCUUUGCAAGUUAGAAAAGGCCUUCCCUCCUUCAUUUUUUGAUGUCAUGGUGCACUUGCCUGUUCACUUAGCUAAUGAAGCUAAGCUUGCUGGACCGGUUCAGUAUCGGUGGAUGUAUCCUAUAGAGCGAUGGUUAUAUUUUUUGAAAUCUCUCAUUGGUAAUAGGGCUUGUCCGGAAGAUUCUAUUGCAGAAGGUUACCUUGUAAAUGAAAGUAUGACCUCAUGUUCGAGGUAUCUUCAUAGAAUUGACACAAAGUUUAAUCGGCCAGAAUGAAAUUAUGAUGGUGGUUUACCAAAGUCCAAUGGAGGUCUAUCUCUAUUUUGUAAAUCUGGAAAAGCUUUAGGAGCUCCAAAACAGCGUGACGUUGAAGCAGGCACAUAUAUACAUAUUCAAGAAUUGUGAUGAAGUUCUACCAUUUCUUGAAGAGUUUGCACAAAUUCAUGUAGAUGCUACUCUACACUUGUCCGAUGCAGAAUGGAACAGACAGUUUAUUGAAUGGUUUAAAGAUAGGGUUGCACAAUUGCAUAAAGGAGAUGAUAGUCGGUUCAUGGAAGAUCUCCUCGUACUUUCACGUGGUCCUACCCCAUAUGUGUUACGUUAUAAUGGCUACAUUGUUAAUGGAUAUAGAUUUCAUGUAGAAGAUUAUGAUAAACAUUUAAGGACUCAAAAUUGUGGUGUGAUUGUUGUCGGUGAGACUGAUGAACAUAGGGAGAAUAUUGAUUACUAUGGAGUUUUAACCGAUGUUCUUGAAUUGAAAUUCACGGGAAGAAUAGUGAUUUUGUUUGAAUGUAAUUGGUUUGAUGCGUAUGAUAACACGAAAGGAAUUAAAACAGAUGAGUAUGGCAUCGUAAGUGUUAAUUAGGGGCGAUUUUUAAAAAUAAAUGAGCCUUUUAUAUUAGCGGACCAAGCAUCUCAAGCAUUUUAUGCUAAUGAUAAUUCCAAUAAGGGUUGGUGUGUAGCGAGAAAGACGCAACCUCGUGAUUUUUCUGAGGUUGUGCAAAAAUUGGAUGAUGAUGUUGUAGAUUUAGAAAAUCCUACACAAAAUAAGCGAAAAAGAACGACUGAGGUGAACUAUCUCUUUAUGCUAUUAGCAGAUUCAUUAUUAUACAUUCUGAUUACAUGAUUUCUCUGUCAGUACAUUUUCUUUAUAAUGUUUUAACUUUUGUUUUUUUUGUAGGUUUGAUAAGAAACCAUCAAAGAAUGAAAAUGAGGUGGAAUCCACUAUGAAAGCUACUGA